UUAACCGCCCGAAUGCUGGCGUGUGAUUUCUUCUCGCGUAAUUGUGUGCACGAUUCGGGUGAGUGUGUGCGCGCUGUGCAGUGUGUAGCAUCUUGAACCUCGUUCACGUCGUGAGCAGCUCCUAGACUCCGAGUAAAAAAAGAGAUAAACUUUUCGUAUCGUUGGAUCGGGACGCACUGCGACCAAAUGUCGUCAGCCCAUUGAAUUUCCCAAGAUGCACACGUUUACCUCUGAUCGAGGGUAAACCGAAUUCUUCUGCUUCAAUCAAUAUACACAAAUUGCUGUAAGAUAAUGUUGCAUGGUGGUAAUUCCUCGAAAUGAUGACCAGUCAUGAUUUGUGGAAGUCGUAAUCAACUGUGACGGCCAAAGGAAUGAUAAUAAAUGUCUACUUCUGCAUUCAUAUGUUGGUAGCAGUAGCAGGGUGAGCGGUGGAUGCAGCGCAGUUAGUAGCCGAUCCUUUUGGCUCAGCGACGGUGGCAGUGCAAUUAGUUUAGUUAAGAACAGUAACGAAGACGUCAACGAUCUUGUGAAAAUGGCGCUGCCAAGCAGAGCACGAGUUUAUUCGGACAUCAAUUCACACAAGCCUCGCGAAUACUGGGACUACGAGUCCUACGUUGUUGACUGGGGUCAACAAGAUGAUUACCAAUUAGUCAGAAAACUGGGCCGGGGCAAAUACAGCGAAGUAUUUGAAGCCAUUAAUGUCACAAAUAAUGAAAAGUGCGUCGUCAAAAUAUUAAAGCCAGUAAAGAAGAAGAAGAUUAAGAGAGAGAUCAAAAUUCUGGAAAACUUGAGGGGUGGGACCAAUAUUAUCACACUACAGGCAGUUGUUAAAGAUCCGGUUUCAAGGACACCAGCAUUGAUAUUCGAACAUGUCAAUAACACUGACUUCAAACAGCUCUACCAGACCCUUACGGAUUAUGACAUACGAUACUACCUCUAUGAAUUGUUAAAGGCUUUGGACUAUUGCCAUAGUAUGGGAAUAAUGCAUAGAGAUGUUAAGCCGCACAACGUGAUGAUUGACCACGAAAAUCGAAAGCUGCGGCUAAUUGACUGGGGAUUAGCAGAAUUUUAUCAUCCGGGACAGGAGUACAACGUACGUGUAGCGUCUCGCUAUUUUAAAGGCCCAGAGCUGCUAGUCGACUACCAGAUGUAUGAUUACUCCUUGGACAUGUGGUCGCUGGGAUGUAUGCUGGCAAGUAUGAUAUUUAGGAAAGAGCCAUUUUUCCAUGGACACGAUAACUAUGACCAGCUAGUGAGAAUUGCCAAGGUCCUAGGGACAGAGGAGCUCUUUGAGUACCUCGACAAGUAUCACAUUGAACUAGAUGCUCGUUUCAAUGACAUUUUGGGUCGACACUCGCGCAAGCGUUGGGAACGCUUUGUCCAUUCUGAAAACCAGCAUCUUGUUUCGCCCGAGAGCCUUGACUUCCUUGAUAAACUUCUACGCUAUGAUCAUUAUGAAAGACUCACUGCGCGUGAAGCAAUGGACCACCCAUAUUUUUAUCCUAUAGUAAAGGAACAAGGUCGGCUUACCAUGGUGUCGUCGUCACCUACUCCCAUGACGGGCUCACUGCCUGUAGUUGAGUAGCGGCCCAGAUGACCACAGCGUGGCAGUGGGCAGAAUGCCGGUACCAGUUGCGGUUUCCGGGUCGGCCGGGCUAGGGGUCGGGGACGGGGUCGAAGGAGGGGGAGGGGGCCCUAUCGAAGAGCCCCCACCCCCCCAACCGAUUUCCCAGCUUAUAUAAAUUCAACACCCCUAAAUUAUCGAAUAACCCCAAAGCUACUUCUGAACACAAUAGAACAUCAGACAUACAGUAUCGUCAACGUAACACCAUUGCGCACCACUAGAAUCCAGUUUGAGGCCAACGAGUCAGUUGAACCUUCAAAUACAAAGACUAUUCGUUAUUUUAACUUCGACAGUGCGGAACUCACUCUUCAGAUCCUUCGCAGCUUGUUCGGUGUUGACGUUGUUCAAAUUUCUAAAAUGUUGAAGAUGAUUGUGCGAUGGAUUUGCAGCGUCUUGUCAUCAAAAACUAGCCGUAACCAUUCUAACCAAUUGUUAAUCCUACUGGGUGUCUAUUUAAUUAUGAUAACGGUGUGCGGACUGUCUCUGUGGCUUGUGAUACAACCGCUCAUAAAAAAAUGACGUCGCCAGAUCACCCAAUGAAGUCCUGAUUUUUUCACAGAUUGUUCACAUUUACGAAUACACCGAUAGCUAUAAUAGGUCAUUCAAUUUACUAUAUUUAACGAUGAUAAAAAUGUUCAUUUAUAUCUGAUAUCACUAUAAUAGCUGAAUAAAAUGUUUGUUAUAGCCAA